AUGGGCUUGACAGACCUGUCUAUCCUUGUACUCCUGGGCACUGCCCUCGUCUUUUCCAUUAUCGAACUUGGCCUGUCCGCAUGGGCAGUCGACGUAACUCCUGAUGGCAAUGAAGCCAACGACCGAUUCGGUUUUCUGGUCUUUUGUUCAGUAUGGACAAUUUUUGUUACUGGAUUUUUGAUCGGAUUUCCCUAUUUCGGAACCCGGUCGAGAGGGGACGUGGAACGAUGGUAUUCUCCAUUGACCAUCGCACUCAAUGCUGUGACUAUGAUCUUUUGGCUCGCUGGAUUUGCAGCUGAUGCAGAUCUGUACAACGGUUACAAUCCUCGAGGAACAGCAGGCGCACUGUUGGCAUUUGCUGUGAUGCUCUGGUAA